AUGUCAGAAAGCGAGUCAAUCGAGAAUUCCACGGAUUUCGAACCGGCUAGCAACGAUUCCGACGAUGACCUAAAGAAAGUCGGUCUCAAUCUGGGAAAGGCAUGUCAACAAGUGUACUGCUCUCGACACCUGCUGGUGCUGUUCGCGCUGGGCACGUUUCAGCAGCUGAUUGGCCCAUGUGUCCCGUACAUCAUCGGUACAUUCUUCGCCGCGAACUAUGGCGGUGGCGACUGUGAGGUGAACCCAUCCUCGGAGCCCUGCCGGCGAGCAGCGACCUUUGCCGCCCUCGUAUUUGGCUGGUCAAACGCCGCGGCGAACCUGGUGGCUAUGCUCUUAGCAGUGUGCCUCGGCUCCUGCAGCGAUGUUCUGGGGCGGAGACCUCUGAUCCGCGCCUUCGGCGUUGCCACGAUGCUGCCAUGCCUGGCCUUGGCUUUGCACGUGACAACAGGCAUGACGCUGUGGAUCUUCCUAGUGCUGCAGCCUUUGGUUGAGUGCUUCGAUAUCAAUGGCGUAUACUUAGCUGUCAUGGCUGAUGCCAUCGAUGACCCACAGGAGCGCGCCGCAGCUUUCGGGGCCUUCAUGGCCGCCUGCAUGCUGCUAGUGGGCUUUGUGGUCCCCUUCGGGUUCAUUCUGCCCCCUGCUUGGCUCAUUCGGGUGUCGGUCAUCGCUGGCACAGUGAAGCUCGUCUAUCUAUUCCUCGUGUUUCCAGAGAGCGCCAAGCACAAGCUCGCGCCUGAAGAGGACCAGUCCCUCGUGUCGGGCAAGUUGAACCCGAUUUCCUCGGCAUGUUCGGCCUUCUCUCUGCUCAAUCGGAACGCCUUCAUUGCCCGGCUUGCCAUGGUCCUCGUUUGUGCCGGCCUUGCAGCCUCGGGCUAUGCCAUCGUCAUGCCACCGUUUAUGAUGGGCUACCUGGGCUAUACCAGAAGCAACAAGCUCAUACUGGUAUGUGCGAUGGCCAUCUCAGCCUUGAUCUCCUUCACUUGCUUGCUGGGACCGGCCGUAAAGAAAUGCGGCCAAGUGCGAGUUCUUCAGCAUUGCCUCGCCGCUUCUGUGAUUGUGCCAUUUCUUGUUGCCUUCUGCCAGGAGCAAUGGCAGCUGGCCCUCAUUUCCUUUGUUUUCGUUGGCCCGAUUGCUCUGGCUGUACCUUUGGUCCAAGCACUGAAGAGCAUGUUGGUCUCUCCUGUGGAGCAGGGCCUGGUGCAGGGUGCAGUCGCUUCCAUGUCCAAGGGUGCGGCCACAAUUGGAUUUGUGGUCUUCAGCACCAUGUUCGCGUUCACCAGUGGCGGCGGCAAGGUCGACUCUGUCGGUGCGGUCCUGCCAUCCUUUGCACUCAUCGCGGGAACCUUUGCCAUCUCCGCGAUUUUGGCCAGCACUCUGCCUUCUACGCCUCCGCAGCCGGUCGAAGACGACAAGUUGCUCUUAGACAGCGCAGACAGCGGACCUGACUGUUGA